AUGCAGGGGAAAGAUGAGAGGGGUGUGAUCGAAGAACUCAUUGUUGAUCUUGAGCUAAACCAGGUUGUGGGGAGUUUCAGAGAUUCGCCAUUGCUUUUGUUGCCAGGCAAAGCAGAUAUAUACAUGUUUGAUGAACCUUCAAGUUAUCUUGAUGUGAAACAAAGGCUUAAAGCAGCCAAAGUCAUCCGAUCUUUGAUCAGGCCUGAUAGCUAUGUAAUCGAUGUGGAGCAUGAUUUAAGCGUCCUAGAUUACUUAUCAGAUCACAUUUCUUGUUCAUAUGGGAAGCCGCCUGGUGCAUUUGGAGCUGUAACCCUACCCUUCUCAGUUAGAGAAGGAUUGAUAACCUUGGACUUAUGUUGGGUUCGGCAUGGAUCUAAUUGA